CCCAUACAUUUAGGCCCGAAAUGUGCUACCACUGUGGAAACAGGGGAAUCGACACUUGAUUCACAUGGCCAUCCACUGUAGAUAAAUCUAAGAACCUGACAGAGGAAGAACCACCACAUUCACAAGCAAAGAGAGAAUGAGAGCUCUCUGGAACUCCACCUGCUUGUCCCCAGUUCAAAAUAAUCCAUUGUUAUUCUCUCGUUCAAGCAAGAAAUAUGCGAAUUCCUUAUGCAAUUUCACCAACAAAUCCUUCCAGAUUUCUUGCAAAUUUCCAGAAAGUGAAGUUAAAGAGAACUAUGCUAGAUCCAGUAGCAAUAAGAAGAUGGAGGAAUACAACUUAGCUAUGAAGAGAAUGAUGAGGAAUCCUUAUGAAUAUCACCAUGAACUUGGAAUGAACUACACAUUGAUAACAGAAGAUCUAAUUGUUGGCUCCCAGCCUCAGAAAAUUGAAGAUAUAGAUUAUUUGAAGGAAGAGGAGAACGUAGCUUUUAUACUAAACUUGCAGCAGGACAAAGAUAUUGAGUUUUGGGGAAUAGACCUCCAGUCUAUCGUUACAAGAUGUUCAGAGCUUGGAAUUCAUCACAUGAGAAGGCCUGCAAGAGAUUUUGAUCCAGAUUCCCUGAGGAGUGUAUUACCUAAAGCUGUUUCAUCACUGGAGUGGGCGAUUUCAGAAGGAAAAGGAAGAGUGUAUGUACAUUGCACUGCUGGAUUGGGAAGGGCCCCUGCUGUUUCAAUUGCUUAUAUGUUCUGGUUCUGUGGGAUGGAUCUAAAUACAGCUUAUGAUACACUCGUUUCAAAGAGACCCUGUGGGCCCAACAAAAGGUCAAUACAGGGAGCUACUUAUGAUUUGGCUAAAAAUGAUCAGUGCAAGGAGCCCUUUGAGAAUCUGCCAGAUUAUGCCUUCGCGGAUGUAGCAGAUUGGGAGAGGAAACUGAUUCAAGAUCGUGUGCGUGCCCUUCGUGACACUUGAGAAUGCAGCAUGGAAGUAUUCCAGAGAGCGAGAAGCUGCUCCUUGAAGUGAAGCCCCAUGAUAUGAAUUAGGUGCUCCUGUAACAUAUUAGGUCAGUAGAUUCCUUAUAGUUGUAUACCCCUUUUAUAAAGUAAGCCCAUCAACUGAAAGUUCAUUACAGGGGAGAACCUUGUUUAUUCAUGUUGUGUAGAACAAUAACUUGAGGGGAUCUAUGUUCUCUUUCUGUACAACAACUUACAAGGAGGUUUUCUGUGGAAUAAUAGGUUGAUACAAACGUGGUGACUCAUUGGUUCACCUAACCCUUUCACAUAAUUCACAUACAAACCACCUAGAACAACUUUGUCACUGUAAUCUAGAGAAUCUUGAUCUUAUAAGUAACUUUUAACUUCCUGCAAAGUCAUCUGUCUUCUAUAUUUUUUACUUGAGCAACCUUUUACCCUUAUGGGUUUAUCACACAACAACUUCAGUGGGUCGUCUCCACAUUGCUUGGGCGUCAUGGCUGAGUUAUUGGUUCUAAACUUGAGAAAGAAUAAUUUCAGUGGUAGUCUUCUAUCGUUAUGUUCUCAGAGCACUUCAUUGAUGACCACUGUCUUGAAUGGUAAUCAAUUUAAAGGGUCUACCCUAUGUCAUUGUUCAAUUGUUAUGGUUGAGAAGUCCUUGAUGUGGGGAAUAAUGCUAUAAAUGACACAUUUCCAGCUUGUCUGGUGUCUCUGGGAGAGCUGCGGGUUCUUAUAUUGAAGUGGAACAAGUUCCCAGACUAUAAGUGCUUGGCAAACUACCUUUGCUUUCCCAUGUUGUGGAUUUUUGAUCUUUCUCCUAACAACUUUAGUUGCUUACUGCUUUCAAAAGUUUAUGAAAGCUGGAGAAUGAUGAGACCAGAUGACAAACAUGAAAAAUAUCUUCAAAUUGUGCAAUGAAAUAGGGUAGUUCCUUCCGAUUGAUUGUCAUUCAAGACAAUAGUCAUGAAUGAAGUGCUCAGAGUACAUAAUGGUGGAAGACUCUCACUGACAUUGUUCCUUCUCAAGUCUAGUAACAAUAGUUCAACUAUGCAAGGUAGAACUGGAUUACUCAAUUUGCUGUGUGAUGAAUUCAGAAGGGUAAAACUGCUUAAAUUAAAUAGAAAAGGUAGACAACUUUGAAGGAAGUUAAAUUUAAGUUCAAGAUACUCUAGAUUAUGGAAAUGAAGUUGUUCCAGGUGACUUGUAAGUGAAUUAUGUGAAAGGUUUAGGUAAAUCAAUGAGUCCCAUCUCUUUUCUAAUCAACCUAGGGCUCUACAUAACACCUCCUUGUAAGUAAUUUUGUCUUUCCCACAACAUGCAGUGUACUCGAUAUAGGCUAAUAAUGCUUCAGUUAUAUG